UGCUUUCUCCACCGUCCGCAGAUGUGUCAAACUAUCGACAGGGCAGGAAUAUGCAGCGAAAAUGAUCAACACGAAAAAGCUGCCCGCCAGAGAUCACCAGAAGUUGGAGCGGGAAGCUCGAAUAUGUCGACUGUUGAAGCACUCCAAUAUCGUUCGUCUCCAUGACAGCAUAUCAGAAGAAGGAUACCACUAUCUCGUGUUCGACUUGGUGACCGGAGGUGAAUUAUUUGAAGACAUUGUCGCCAGAGAGUACUACAGUGAAGCUGAUGCAAGUCACUGUAUCCAUCAGAUUCUAGACAGUGUAAGUCACAUUCACCACCAUGACAUUGUACACAGGGACCUGAAGCCGGAGAAUUUACUCCUAGCCAGUAAGUGCAAAGGGGCGGCCGUGAAGCUGGCCGACUUCGGACUGGCCAUCGAGGUGCAAGGAGAGCAGCAAGCGUGGUUUGGUUUUGCAGGGACCCCUGGAUAUCUCUCUCCGGAGGUACUUCGCAAGGAAGCCUAUGGCAAACCGGUGGACAUCUGGGCCUGUGGAGUUAUUCUCUACAUCUUGCUGGUGGGCUACCCUCCCUUCUGGGAUGAAGACCAGCAGAAACUCUACCAGCAGAUCAAGGCCGGAGCUUACGACUUUCCUUCCCCUGAGUGGGAUACCGUUACACCAGAGGCCAAGAAUCUCAUCAACCAGAUGCUGACCAUCAAUCCUGCCAAGCGUAUUACUGCCACCGAGGCUCUGAAACACCCAUGGGUCUGCCAACGAUCCACAGUCGCAUCUAUGAUGCAUCGCCAAGAGACCGUGGAGUGUUUGAAGAAGUUCAAUGCCCGUCGAAAACUGAAGGGUGCAAUCCUCACCACCAUGCUGGCUACGCGAAACUUCUCAGUGGGCAGGCAGACCACUGCGCCGGCCGCUAUGACGGCCGCUGCCAGCGCCUCCGUGAGUCUCGUUGAACAAGGUAGACGUGUGCGGGCCGACACUGCAGCCAAAAGUUUACUAAACAAGAAGGUUGACGGAGUGAAGCCUCAGACAAACAGCACCAAAAACAACGUAGUAACCAGUCCCAAAGGAAACAUUCCCUGCCCUGCACUGGAGCCACAAACUACUGUCAUCCAUAACCCUGUGGAUGGGAUCAAGGAGUCUUCGGACAGCAGCAACACAACCAUCGAAGACGAAGAUGUGAAAGCCAAGGGCGCUGAGAGCAGUGCUGUGAGGAAGCUGUCUAGUGCUGUGCCUUUGUCCGAGGCACCUCAGUCUGCACACCCUCCGCCUCCUGUACUCUCUGCAAAGUUCUCAGAUGUUCUUAGCAGUGUGCGGAGAGAGUCAGGCAACCUCCCCGACUAUGAAGGUCCCCCGAGCACAGCCACACAGCCACAGACGCCUCCUCUCACCCCCUCGUCCGUGCCCACGGCAAAGUUUACAGAUGUUUUAAAGAGUGUCCGCAGAGGGUCGGCUCCCAACCCUGAACCCGAGGGCAAUCGGCCUGUGCAAACACUGCCUCUCAACCCCUUCACCUCCAUCCCCUUGGCUAAAGGACUGGACCGAGUAAAUGUAAAGAGUCAAUCCAAUGAUUCCAAGAGACCCCUCAGUUCACCUCCUCCGACACAGACUCGCAAGCAAGAAAUCAUCAAGUUAACUGAGCAGCUUAUCGAGGCAAUUAAUAAUGGGGACUUUGAUGCAUAUGCGAAAAUCUGCGACCCUGGACUGACGUCGUUUGAGCCUGAAGCGCUCGGCAAUCUUGUUGAAGGAAUGGACUUCCACAGGUUUUACUUUGAGAACUUGUUAUUCAAAAACAACAAACCCAUCCACACCACCAUCUUGAACCCGCACGUCCACUUGAUUGGGGAGGAUGCGGCCUGCAUCGCCUACAUCCGCCUCACCCAGUACAUCGACCUGCAGGGGCGGCCACGGACCACCCAGUCUGAGGAGACCAGGGUGUGGCACCGCCGCGACAGCAAGUGGCAGAAUGUCCACUUCCACUGCUCAGGGGCCCCGGCAUCACCACUCCAGUGAAGAUCUGAAGAAGUGAGCAGAUUUGUUGACCGAGCAGAGCGUUGUGACUGAGCCGUAAGCUGGUGGCCUCUGAAGACCAGCAGUGACAUGCAUGUGUCCGCAUGCACAUUAUGCACCUGGUGGCUGCAUAAUCGUCACGUUCGUGGAACUUUAUGGUGUUUCUUUCAGCUGUCUCAAGAUGCAGACAUUAAGAAAAAAAAAAACGACAAAAAAAAUGUUACAAAAAAGGCUACUGUAUCUGUACUUUAUAUAAUCCAUAUUUGAUGGCAGUGAUUUGUACAAUUCAUUCAAAACAUUUGCCAAAGCAUGAAUGUUAAAAUUUAAUGGUGAUUAUCCUAAUGUCGGAGGGUUAGUGUUCCAUUUUACAUUUUCUCGUACACUAAAGAUGUGUCACUUGUUCUUACGGAAGCAUAGAUUUUGAUGUAGUUAUGCUUGCUGCAAUGGAGCUCAGCAGGGCAGCCGUGAGCAUGGCCCUGUCUCUUCCGCUGGCAUUUGUGCCUGGUUUUUGGCAGAAGGCGGCCGGCUAAAUCCAAGCGCCGCUUGUUGGCUCAUUCACACCGGCACCGCGGCUAGUUUCCACUGCAAAGGGGAACCCCCCAUGACUUCUGCCAUCACCACAGAGUGACGAAAAAUCGCCCCUGUGCGAUUUCAGUACGUGAAGUAACACCGACACACCUGAUUUAUCAUUUCUUCUGCCUUUUGUGUGUGUGUGUGUGUGUGUGCGUGUGCGCGUGCGUGUAUUGAUAAAGUUAGCUCAAGUUAUGGAUUUUUCUCUCGUUUUUGUGUGAAACGCGUUUAUUUGAUAUAACAAAAGUUGAAAGUAAAAUAACUUAACAAGGUAGCAGGGACAUCGGGUAAGAUAUGCGAAAAAGGAAACAAUUCGGUAGAAUUCCUCCCAGAUUAUAUUCAUUUAAGAAGUGAAUGAGUUAACUAUAUCAUAAUUAAAGUAGCAAGAUGAAAUACAGAGUUCUUUACUGCCUCCUACUGUGCGACCAGCUUUAGAGUUUGGGACACCUGUUGCCAUCUAUUAACUGUAUAUGCAUUUUUACAGAGUUGAUGCAUGUUAUAUAUUUAUAGCCAAUACUUUUGUGUUUAAAUGCCAUAUGGGUUCAGAUGCUGUACCGAGUUUUACUGCUUUUAAUUGCACAUUCUUGGAAGCGUGUAGUGAUACAAUGUGAUGCCUGAACAGCCUCGUAGAGAUCACUCUGUCCUUUCUUCAUUACGCUUGUGUAGGAGAUAGUUUAACUGAAACUGAUUUUUUUGCAUGACAUAAUGAACCCUGUUAGUUUCUGGAAAUGAUAGCCUGUCGACCUCUUUGUCUCUCCUCUCCGGGCUUUGUAACGGCAGCCUCUUUUGUCUGAUGAUGUGUUAUGGAAACCUGGUCUGCAUGCAUUCUACUGACCACUUUAACCACCUGUGCAGGGGCUGAGGAAAGGCAGCGAGAGGGCUCCUCCUUAGUGUUUUUAGUGGAUGUUUUAACGUAGACAGCUAGAGGUCUUAAUUGUAAUCAGCUGUGUGUGUGGAUCAUAUUUUUUUAUUUUUUUUUAAACAACGGCUAUGGAACCCAUGAAUUAGAUGAGUUUCACCUCAUUUUAUGCCACGCCUGGCGUGAAGUGUGGAAAAGUUGAUUUUCUGGAGAUAUUUUUACGGUUGAAAAUGAUGGAUUAUAUUUGCUUUUUACACAGCAACUUGCCUGAAUAUGAAAUGUGAUUUCUUCUUAAUUAUUCACGUUCUCUGCAACUGCAAUUCUGUUGGGUCCGGUUUAUAUGAGAACAAAAAUACAUCAUGUUACAGGAUGUGGUCUGUGUGUUCCACCCUUACAUUUAAAAAUUGUUGAUAUGUUAGAAAUAAAACGACUAUGACUAU